AUCAGCACAGGGGAAAGCCAGACGCCCAAACACAGAUGAGACGUAAGGAAACCUUGCGGGAGUUGGAGAGAUGGAGCCCGGACACUUGGGCCAUCUUGGACCCUAUGAAGGCCUGCUGGGAACGGACUUCUAAAACGACAAAUAUGUCUGGAAGGCUGUGGUCCAAGGCAAGUUUUGCUGGCUAUAGACGGGGCCUACGGAACCAAAGGGAACACAUUGCUCUCCUGAAAACUGAAGGUAUAUAUGCUCGAGAUGAAACUGAAUUCUAUUUAGGCAAGAGAUGUGCUUAUGUGUACAAAGCAAAGAACAACACAGUAACUCCUGGUGGAAAACCUAACAAAACCAGAGUAAUCUGGGGAAAGAUCACUCGAGCUCAUGGAAACAGUGGCAUGGUUCAUGCCAAAUUCCAAAGCAACCUUCCUGCUAAGGCCAUUGGACACAGAAUUCAUGUGAUGCUGUACCCUUCGAGAAUUUAAACUUCUUGAAAAUAAAUAAAAGUGUGGAUUUGU